AUGCGUACAGUGGCUCUAAUCAGUGGUGGGAAGGAUAGCUGUUAUAACAUGAUGCAAUGUGUUGGCGCCGGCCACACCAUUGUUGCACUGGCCAACCUCCAACCGCUGUUUAAAGAUGAAUUGGACAGCUAUAUGUACCAAACAGUAGGCCAUCAAGGUAUUGAGCUGUAUGCUGAAGCAAUGGGGUUGCCACUUUACAGAGAAGCUAUAUCAGGUAUUGCUGUAGAUCAGGGAAGAAACUAUAAGCCUACGGAUAAUGAUGAAGUAGAAGAUCUUUUUAGGCUGUUAUCUAGAAUAAAGAACGAGUUGUAUAUUGAGGCGGUUUCCUGCGGAGCGAUACUCUCCGAUUACCAAAGAGUUAGAGUAGAGAAUGUAUGUCAAAGACUUGGUUUAGUAUCUCUUGCUUAUUUAUGGAGAAGGAAUCAAAAAGAGUUAUUACAAGAGAUGAUAUCUAGCGGUGUAGAAGCUAUCAUUAUAAAGGUUGCCGCUUUAGGUCUUGACCCAAGAGUGCAUUUGGGGAUGACACUGAAAGACAUUCAACCUCAUCUUCUACUAAUGCAAGAGAAGUAUGGCCUCAAUGUGUGUGGGGAAGGAGGAGAAUACGAAACAUUUACAUUGGACUGCCCCUUAUUUAAAGAGCGUCUGGUCAUUGACGAUAAAGAACUAGUGAUUCACACAGAUGAUGCUGUUGCUGCUGUGGGAUAUUUAAAUCUUAAGUUGCACUUGGAACCCAAACCAGAUUUUGAUGGAACCGUCAAGCUACCUCCUGCUGUCAAAAACUCAUUUGACUUCAAAGAUUUGAGUGAUGCCGUCUUCAGUGAUAUUAGUGAUAUAGAGGAAUCUGAACUUGAAUCUAUAGAGAAAUUAAAGAUUGAAGAAGAGAAAAAGCAAAUGGAAUUGAAUCCGCUCAUAAGUUACGAGGGGAAAGCAGAUGUUCUAACCGAUGAUGUUGAAGCUAAUGAAGAAACUGAUGAUGGGUAUUAUUAUGAAGAGGAGCCAGACGAAACCUGCAAGUUGCCAGUAAUAGACCAUAGAUCUAUAUGUGGCAAUAGGCAUGGGUGGUUCUUUAUUGGUGGCAUUGUUGGCGAAGGCAUCGACACUGCUCGGGCCACCGAUGACGCCAUUAAUAAAUUAAUUAAUUUGCUUCAUUCCAAAGAUCUACGGCUUGAAGAUGUAUGUUCGGUGAACAUUUAUAUGCGUGAUAUGGAACAAUACGCCGCGCUUAACUCAGUGUAUGUGAAAGCUUUUAGUUUCCCCAACCCACCUACUAGAGUCUGCGUACAAUGUCCACUUCCCAAGGAUGUUGGACUCAUAAUGGAUGCGGUUGCAUAUAAAAUAUCAGCUGGGAACAAUGCAGAAGGUGAAGGGAACAACUCAAAGGAACGGGUCACGAUGCAUGUUCAAGGAAUUUCGCAUUGGGCCCCAGCUAACAUUGGACCGUAUAGCCAGGCCGUUAAGAUCGGCGAGGUUGUCGGAACGUGCGGACAAAUAGCUCUUGUUCCGGGCACGAUGAAGUUAGUCGAGGGCGGUGCGCGCGCGCAGUGUGCACUAGCCCUUAGACACCUCACACGCGUGUUGCGGGCGGCACAUCCACGCGCACAUAUACGCAGUGUAGUGCAGAGCGUCUGCUACGUACGAGCGAAAGGUGGGCGAGGCGGUGCAAGGGAAGCGAGACGUCAGUUGGAACGACGCACGGCGGGUGCGAUGGUGCAAUGCGCAGUGGUGGACGCUCUACCGCGUGGGGCCACGCUGGAGUGGCAUGCGUGGGCGCAUACAGACAACAACCGAUUCGACUAUGAGGAGACAGGAUGCAACGUGGGAGAAUAUAAGGUGGCUAUAACUCGGCGAUGGAACUAUGAGAACACGGUCGCCGCUAUUGUAUGUUACGUCGCAACAGGAUCAUCACCAUCCACCUGCCAACUGUGGUUUCCGGACGAAGCGACCUGUCAGUCCCAUCGCGAUUUGGCCGCGACCAUGUCUAGGGAGGAGCUGGACGCAGUACUGGAAUAUGCGCUCAAGAAACUGCUCAAUGACUGUCAACAACGCGACACGGACCCGGCGCUGAGUGUUAGGAUAUUCUAUCAGGUGUGGAGCGCCCCGCCCCUGGCGUUGAUGGUCGAAGCGAUGUCGUCAGCGGCGCAAAGGGUGGGGGCGCGCGUCUCGCUGACGGGAGUUCCCUGGCCGCGGUUACCACGCCCCGAAAGAAACCAGAAAAUGAACGCAGAUGCUUUAUCGCCGUUGUAA